AUGAAGAUCAUAGCCUUUAUUGCCCUCACGGUCGGGGUCAUUGGCGAGAGCGCGCCCCUGCACAACCCGCCCUUGCCCAUUCUGCGCAGCAACCAGGUCAAUCCGGACUCGUCGGGGCCUCACAGCUCGGGUUUCGAAGCCGGGAACGGAAUCGUUUUCCAUUUUUCUGGCUCGGAAGGCGCUGCUGAUGGAGCCAACUUGGCUGGAAUAUGGAGGUAUCCCCUCGAGGACGGCAGCAUAGCAUCCUUUAAAUUCGUGGACGACGAGAAGAGUUACCAGCCCGAGUCGUCGCUCCCGCCCGUGGCCCCCGCCUUCCCCCACCCCAUCGCCCAGUUCGUCCUCGACCAGUUCGCCCGCCUCGAGGACGAGCUCAGGACAUGA